AAUAGAGAUGAUUUUUUAAAAUACAAUCUGCAGUCACAAGUUCUUAAAAAUCAAACAGAAGUGCCCUCACAAAAUCAUGUCUUGUUUAUGAUGAAAUGGAUACUUCUUUAUCUGACGUCAAGUGACUAACUCAUUGUUUCCCUCAGAAAGAUUCUUGACUAAGGUUUCCGCUUGUCUUUAUAUUCACUUAGCAAAAGGUGUCUGUGACUAUUCACAUUCAGAGAAAGAAAAGCAAAAAAAGAAGAAAAUGUCUUAAGAUGCUAAGGGACACAGCAUUGAAAUAGCCUGGAAAGUGCUCAGAAAGAACGCCAGCAAAUCAAAUGUUCACCUGGGGCUCGAUUGGGAAGAAAGAAAAGAAAAAUCAAUAUGCAGUCAAAGAAUCAUCUCAUUUUUCUAGAAAGUGACUCUACAGAAACGCUCCAAGGAAGCUCUCCCUUAGCAACACCCCUGACAUUCCAGAGACUGUCCUAAACUCCUGUGUUCAGCUUCUGUCUGGAAAUCAGAUUUAUCUUCGAGUCUUCCUUCAUACAGGAAAAUGCAUGUGGCAGUGGUAGUAGUGAACGUAAUAUUGCUCCUGAGCAUGGGAUGGACAUCAGACUCUCUCUGCUCACCUACCAUUUUUUACAGAGACUGCUGGAUCCGCCGCUUCCCAGGUCUUCUAGUCGAUCUGGAGGAGUCUCAGAAGAUGGGAGCCCAGUUCUUGAAGUAUUAUUCUGAAAGCACGGGCCAGAAGUGCAGUAGGAGCUGCUGUCUUCGGAAGGAUGUUUCCUGUAACCUGGCUGUCUUCUACCACGAUCCUAUUCAUGACAAUAUCAACUGCCUCCAUAUUCACUGCCCAACACUGAAGAGCUGCAUAUUACAGCCUGGAACCAGUGCCAUUUUGUACAACAUAACAGAUGGUAUAGAUCCGGACUUGCUGGUUUUUGAUCAAUCUACCAUGUAUCUAAAUACUCAUUCUUCAUCCAGUAGAUGGGACAGACUAAGGAUUCUAAAAACUGUAAAUUUAGAUAAACCACAAACCACUGUGAUAAACCAUAUGCUGCCAUCCACAGAGGCUCCACCCUCAACCACACAUCAAGAUUUGGUUGUAAACACAAACAGUACCGGCUAUUCCAAAGAAUUAACCACAGAUUUUUGGGCAAGAUUCACUUCCCUGAAUGACUCCAUUAUAAAGGUAAAUAUGGUGUCACCAAGUUCUGAUGUAAGCAGCAAUCCAGAUAAUAAGACGAUUUCUCCUUUCUUUGUACCCAUAGACACAAAACUUUAUCAUAUGCCUGUUCUAUCCCGACUCAAUAGCAGCAAACAAUUACUGAACAAAACCAAAGGAUACAAUAGCAGAAACCACACAUCUGCAAAUGAAGAUGAGGUAUCUGCUACUUCAAGGACCUGGCUGGCUUCUGUGGCCCUUUGCACCUCUAUCAUCUUUCUGAGCUGUUGUAUAGUCAUCCUGGCAUCUGGAUGCUGUAGAAAGCAGCAGGGCCAGUAUAAACUAGGACACAGAAAAUCAGAAUCCUAGCAAA